AUGAGUCCAAAUGCCGGCAAGCUCGCGGCAAUGAUGAAGUCCGAAGAUCGACCUGGCAUUCGUUGCAUGGGAGCCAAGUCAGCUGAUGCGCAGCCACGCUUUUCAGACAAUCGUACAUUCGGCGGUCGUAUUACGAAGGCUCCACCCAAGUCGGCGUCGGGACCCGUGACACUAAGGACCAGUGGAAAUGCAGAUGCGGGCUCGAGUGGCGGAGAAGCGAGCAAGAACGACCAUCUCCACGACGAUAUCAUGGAUGAUAACAAUAUGUAUGCUAGUUUCAAGUACGACCCAAUGAACCCAGACGCCAUCCCUGAGCGUGUCGAGCCAUGCAAGAGGACCGUUGCCGAGGCGAGGGCGUACCGUAGGGCGAUCUGGAGGCUGAAACUAGAGCGGACAGCCGACAAAGCGAGGUGGCCGGCGUCCAGGCGAGAAGCGAACCUACGAGCGACUCAUCUGCGAUCUCGACAAGGAGGUGCUCGGAGGGCGCAGUCGAAGUCAGCACGAAUGUGGCUGCUGGGUGAAGCAGCGACUGGUCCAUCGGUCCAGCGUCUUUCUAAGCGGUCGCGUCACCCAAAAGUUGUGUUAGACAAUAUCCUCGCGACAUUGGACUCUCUUCAUCUGGCCAACAAGAACCCGCAGGGGACAGGAAACCAACCGCCCGGCCAUGUGGGUGAGGCCCACGAAAUGGAAAUGUGA